AUGUGGGGAUGCGAUAAAUCCGACAGUACCGUGAAAUGCGGGUCAUACCCCACGGACUCGAUCGACAAAUACACCAACCAAACGGUAAACGUAUGCUUUGAAGAGCGUGUGUGUCCGGUGGGCGGUGUCUGGCCGUACCUGUUCUCCAUCCAGUACUUCAUUUUCCUCAAACUGGUACUCAUGACACUCCUGUACGCGCUCUUCGCGGCCACCGCUUCCCGACUGCAGACCGAAACGGACAACAUAUGGAAAUAUCAACGCUAUAUACUGGUCGUGGACUUCGCCCACCGGUUGCCACUCCCGGCGCCGUUGAACGCCUUCUACUACGUGUACUUAGUCCUGAAGUGGCCCUAUCGGUGGGUCACGUGUUACUAUUGCUGUCGACGCGGCGGCGGCACAGAUACCACGGACGGCCGCCGGCACCGCAAUAACGUGAUGCUCCCGAUGUCGGACCAGUCGGACAAGUAUUGCGAGAACCGCUUGACCGAAGAGGACUACAACUUUUGGCGCCAUUUGGCCCGAGAGUACUACCGGAAGGAAGAGCUGAAGGGAGAGGAGGCCAACAUCGCGAAGAAGGAGUGGGAAGCCGUGCAGACCAUCACCGAAGAGAUUGAACACGAAAAGAAAGUGCUCAGACAAUUGAAGGGAAAGGUAACUGAAUUGGAGAGACUUAUGAAUCAAUCGCACGUCUAUUUGGAGAGCAUUAAACACUUGGCGACCAAACACUGGGGUCUGGAUAUGGAGGACAGCGGGUCGGGCGGUGGCGGCGGCCAAACACUAGUCCACUUUCUGGCCCGACACUCGCCAUACGUGGGCACUCGCGUCCAACGGGUGCCCAUACCUGACAAGUACGUGGCCUGGGAGGUGAUGUGGAUCGACUACGACCCGGUCGCCUAUUCGAUGCCUAAAAUGGACUUUCCGGCCGCCCGGCAGGCGAUGGUCGACGAAGACAUACUGUUGCUGCAGGAGCUGCAGGUGGAGGAUGUGAUCUCUAAGCUACCGAUCCUCCAGUGGAACGCCCGGUGCGUCAAUCCCGCGGGCAUUACCAUCGAUCGACUGUCUUGGAUACGGACCGCCGAUAUCACCGUUGAUGGUCACAAUCAGCACGUGCUCUAUAAGCUGGAUAAUGGCAUACCGUUGAACCCGAUUGGCCGCACCGGUCUCAGAGGGAGGGGCGCUCUGCCCCGAUGGGGACCCAAUCAUUAUGUCAUAUUGAUUAUCACCAGAUGGCAAUCGCUGAUGGCGUCCAACAAUGUGCUCGAGUUUGUGGUGGAGAACACCGAACGCCGGGACCAGUUGUCGUUGCCGUCGUGUUUUGUUGGCGGUGAGUGCCUAUACCUCGACUUACAGACACUGUUCAAAGCGGGCGACAACUGGACGACCAGCGCCGAGAUGAUCGACUUCUUCCGGGCGGCGGCCCAGCCCUCGGCCGCCACGUCCGCCACGUUGACCGGUCUGUUGGCUCCGGCUGUGGCCGUAACGCCGGGCUUCAAGUGGGAGAGAGUGGCCGUCGGCUAUCUGGACGACCCGUACAAUACGGACAACGCGUGGAAAGAGAUGGAGUUGUGGCACAUCCACUACACCGACGGCGACUGUCUCGCCGAUCGCAUGCACUCCGCGUACUGUCACUGGCGUAUAGUCACCGAAGAUGUGUUCACCAAAUUGCCGCCGAGUCAGGCACAGCUCAUUCAGGACCUGACCAACAAACUCAAGCCAAACAUACUUUGA